AUGAUUGAAAAAGACAACUCGGGGCAGCUGUGGGUUGAUAAGUAUAGACCCAAGACAUACUCUGAUCUGACAGGUGAUCAGCGUCUGUUUCGUGAAGUGUUAAGAUGGAUCAAGCAGUGGGAUUUCUGUGUUUUUGGAAAACAGCCACCACAAGAAACACAGCGUGAUAAAAGCAAUGAUUCUUUAAAACGCCCAGAGAAAAAGAUUCUGCUACUCUCUGGUCCACCAGGCUUUGGUAAAACGACGCUUGCGCAUGUGAUAGCUAAGCUAUCGGGUUACAACAUUAUUGAAGUCAAUGCAAGUGAUGAUCGUACGGGAGAUGUUGUAAAGACAAAAAUCAAAUCAGCACUGGAAAUGCAAGCUAUCAUAAGAGAUUCAAACACAGAGGAGGAUGGCAAGCGCACCAUGACAAUGAGCCAAAAGCCAAAUCUUUUGAUUAUUGAUGAAAUUGAUGGAGUCAGCGGUAGCUCUGGAAGUAGUGGGACAGAUAGUUUUAUACAGCAAUUAGUACAGCUGGCAAGUGUAGAGAUAGAAGAGGACAAGAAAAAAAGAACCAAAUCAAAACCAUUACUGAGACCUAUCAUAUGUAUUUGUAAUGACGCAUAUACGCCUGUCCUUCGUCCCUUGAGGGCCAUUGCGCACUCAAUACAGUUUAGAAAAGUGCCAAUGAUGACCAUUGCAAAACGAUUAGAGUACAUUUGUGAGAAUGAAGGAUUAGAGACAGAUCAAAGAACGCUCUGUAUGUUGGCAGAGAUAACAGAUGGUGAUAUUCGAAGCUGCCUAAACACGUUACAGUUUAUUCGAUCUAAAAGCAGAGUGUUUAAAAGAGAAAUGCUAAACGAAGUAGGACUCGGCAAAAAGGAUAUGACACAAUCUUUAUUUUCAGUGUGGGAAAGUUUGUUCUGUAAACCAAGCUCACAUCAAAAGACCUCUGUUCAGACCGAAAAGGACGGAAGAUACCUUAAUCGAUUAACAGAGUCUAUUGCUUCCAACGGUGAAAUCGAACGUAUCAUGCAAGGAUGUUUUGAGUCUUAUCCAUUGAUGAGAUUUCAUGAUGUAGCUAUGCAAAAAGUGGUUAGAAUUAGCGAAUGGCUUGACUUUUAUGACCAACUCAAUCAUCGUACAUCAGAACGACAAGAGUUUGAAUUGUAUAAAUACUUACCGUACCCUCUUGUUAACUUCCAUCGAUUCUUUGCUGGCACAACCAUGCAGGAACAUCGGGUGGAGUAUCCUAGAAUGGACUAUCAAGUCUUUUCAGCAAAAAAGCAGUUUGAAAAUCUCAUUGAAAUAUUCUUGUCUGGUGUUGGUGCAACUAAACGAAGAUAUUUAAACAAGACUAUUAUCAGCAAAGAGUUUGUGCCUCGCUUGAUGCAUGUCAUCUCGCCUGAUCUAAGGCCAGUGAAUAAGCAAUUGAUUAAACCAGAGGAAAAGAAAGUGCUUGCGAGACUGGUAGACAUUAUGAUUGAAUACGGGUUAUCAUUCAUACAAGAAAGGACAGAGGAUGGACAGUUUUUAUAUAAGCUUGAACCGCCUGUUGAGCAAUUGCUACAGUUCGAAUUAUCAAGUCCAAAGGCAAUUUUACCAAGGCAGUAUGCAGUUAGACAAAUGAUCGCACAAGAGAUUGAAAAAGAGAUUUUGAAAAGAAAAGAGAAUAUGCUUGCUUUACGUGGAGGAGUGAAAAAGGCGCCAGUUGAUGAAAGGUAA